GCAAGAACAAGCUGAUCAUCAAGAAGUUCCCGGCCAACGGGGGCAGCGAGAAGCUCCUCUCCGUCGGCAGCGAGCGCGUCAUCCCCGACAGGCGCAUCACCGUGGGCGAGGGGCGUCUCACCAUCUCGCACGCCCGACCUCGCGAUGCAGGGACCUUCCUGUGUCAGUUCGACCUGGAGCCGCCCUUGCAGCUGCGCCACACCCUCGACGUGCAGUACGCGCCCUCCGUCAAGGCCCUGGUGGCGCAGGAACUACACGUGACCAAGGGCGAGAACGUGACGCUGAGUUGCCAGGCCGAGGGAAAUCCUCCGCCGAUCAUCAGGUGGUCUCGUCAGGAGGGGACUCUGCCGUCAGGACAGCGCAACCAGGAGGGCGAAAACGUGACCCUCGACGGCGUGGAUCGCCACCACGAGGGCACCUACCUCUGUACAGCCGACAACGGGAUAGGUCAGCCUGCUUCCGCCUCUAUGACCGUCACUGUGGAGUAUCCGCCGGAAAUCGUCGUGGAGAAGGCCGUGGUGCAGACGGGCGACGGCGGCCAGGUGGAGUUGGUGUGCGAGGUGCACGGGCGUCCCACUCCGGAGGUCGUGUGGACGCGCUACGGCCAGGUCCUGCCGCCCGCGUCCUACCACGGCAACCGGCAGCAGCUGCAGCAUCCCACGGGCCACCAGGGAUACAUCCACAAGGCCCAUGACGCCCACAUCAGCCAGAGUCGCGUCGCCCAAAGCCACACGCUCACCAUCACCCACGUCACGCAAAAGGAUUUCGGGGAAUACGCGUGCACGGCGGAGAAUGCGCACGGCACGAGGGCGGCCGUCAUUAAGAUCACAGGCCUACCCAAUUCGCCCCGCCUCACCAGUAGCCCCAACGGCGGAGAGAGCAACAGGUACACCCUCACCUGGGACACUGAGAGCCACUCCCCUAUAACGGAAUUCCAGAUCAGGUACCGGAAGAACCAGCAAGGACCGAGCCAGCAGAACCGAUCCCUCGUGUACCCCGGCUCCUGGCGACACGUGUCACGCCCAGUGGCAGUGUCAGCCGAGGUGAGCCUGGCAGAUCCUCGCGGGAAUAAAGUGAGGCCACAGCAUAUGACACACACGAUCGAGGACUUGGAGGUGGCGACAGACUACAUAGCCGUCGUCAGAGUCAGGAAUAAAUAUGGAUGGUCGAACGAUUCAGAUUAUUUCAACUUCUCUACGAAGAAAGCAAUGGCGGUCCUUCGCUCCACCAGCAGCUCCACCGGCCUCCUGCCCCGCUCGCCUUCCCUCCUUCUCUUCGCCGCCUUCUUCAGCCUGCUCUUCGCCCCGUCUGCGUAGGAAGACCACCCCGGCGUCUAAACCUCUUUACAACGUCCAUCACGGUUGGCCGCUGCUCCCCAGCCUGCCACUCUUGAGAUCUUGUUGUCUGUCUGUCUGUUUGUCGGUUUGUUUAUAUGAUUUGUUUUUCUUUCUUUGAUUAUCUGUUAGUUUCUGUC